AUGAUUCGAUGGAAGAAACAAACACAGGCUCGGCCAGAGGUUGGCAACAGCCGGGUUGAGAGUGGAGUACGCAUAGUUGGAAACAUAGGUGAUUUUGGAAGUGAUCUGGAAAUGGAGGAGGAAGUGUCAGUGGCAUACUCGGCAUGUCCUACUAGAACUCAGAGGGAGACAGGCUUGAUCGGACUUGCCACUGACAGCAUUCAAGGUGUCUCUGGUGAUCCUGAGAUGGGGCCUGAAAUUCUAUUAGUGGACCUUGAUUUCAAUGGAAUCCUGGAACAGAACUUGGCUGAAGCACAGAAGCUGCUGGUGGCUGCUGAGGAACGUCUGUUUGGUUCGAAUAAACCAGCUAGAGCCGAGGAAGAGGAGGGAGAGUUGCCGAAUAACUACCAAUGCUUCAUCACUCAUCUGGAGAUGAUUAUCAAGGACUCCUUCAUUGAGGACAACCACGAGAGACUCAAGAGUGCUGUGACUGCCAUACUUAAGGAGGAGGCACAGGACAAACGCUGGGAGACACUGGCCAAAGAGAAACGCCCAUCAUGGAGGCCGAUAAGGUUCAGAGAGAUCCAUGACAAACAACUCAAGGAUUUUGUGGAGGAACGAAUGAAGAAUGCAAAUGAAGAGGAGAAUGGGGCGGAUAAGCUGUCUUCUUCCUUGAAGAGAGAAGUGUGCCGACUGGGCAAGCAAAUACAAAAAGAUCUGCUGGUGGUGGUCAGACGGUUGAGGAAAUGUUACCCACCAGACUUUGACAUUUGCAAAAUAUAUGCCCAGCUUUACCAUCAGGCUUUCUCCACCAGACUCCAGGAGCUGACCAGAUCUAAGGUGGAUGUUGAGGAUUGCUGCUAUAUAUUACGUUGGGUUGCAUUUUACUACCCAAGCGAUGUGCUGAACCACCAGGAACUGAAAGAGCACAUCGACCAAUCAUCACUUGGACCUCUGCUGCCUGAAGGAACUCUUAAGAUAUUACAUGAACAGUACUUUUUACACAAAGAGAAUGAAGUCAGAAAGUGGUUGUCCACCGCUUUUGGGAAAGAAAUGAAGAAAUGGAGUGAUGGUGUUGAGCCAAAUCUGGUAGAUGGAUUUUACAUCAGCAGCCUUGCUGUAGAUAUUAUACCGCUUAUUGAUUCAACUAUGAAGGAGAUGAAAGCAAUUUUGGGCUCUGAAACUAAAAACGAGUACAUUUUAUGCCAGCUGGACAGUUAUCUAAAAGACAGCUAUAUGAAAAAUCGAAAACUUAUCAAAGUUAAACAAGGAGGUCCUGCUAAAACUCUCUGUGUUUAUCUGGUUAACAUUCACCAGUUUAGGAAAUAUGUACAAGAAGCAGAACGUCUUUUCCCAGAAAAGACUAGAAAAGCACUGCUGUGUACAUUAGCAAACAUCAAAACAGUUUGUCAGCAAUAUUUUUACACAGAACUUAAGCCGCUGUUCCGUAAGUUUUGGACUAAUGCCUGGUAUGAUGGGCAUAAUAAGGUUUUGGAUGACCUGGUGAAAGCACUUGAAAAUCAAAUACAUCAUUUGAAACCGCUGGAGUCUGUCUGCCGAGAGGAACUGCUGGGCGAGCUGCAUUUAGCAGUAAUGGUUGAGUAUGUGAGGCGAAUGAUGAAGAGAAAACUGAAGCUAAAACGGAAGAAACAGCAGGAGAAAGCAGCUGAAUUUAUGUGCCAAGACAGCCGAAUUAUCUGCUCUACAUUUGCCAAAGUGGGGUCCAAUGAGAAUUGGCUUUCUGAUAUACUGCCAAGAUUAUCCGAGAUCCUGAGACUUCAAGACCCUGGGAGCCUGAAACUUGAGAUGGUUACACUAACAAGAAAUUAUCCUGACCUGAGUCAGCAACAUGUUGUUGCUGUCUUAAAGCUGAAAAGCAAUCUUUCAAGCUCGGAUCUGCGUGGGAUCAAAGAUUGUUUGCGUGAUAACAGGGUCACGCAGGACAACCAGUCCUCCCCUUCUUUUUUUUCCAAAGUUAUUGUGAAAAGAAAAUACAAUAAGUCUGCUGUUUUAUUUCUAUGUAAAAAAAUGUGAUACAUAAAUCAGUACCGAAGCAUUUAAUGCCUUACUUAUUCUUAACCCUGGGUUAUCUCUUUCACAUUUCACACAUUUCAUAAUUAACAAGGGGUUAAUCCUGGUAUUCAUAAUCUGACAUUUUACACUGUGCAUUCCUAAACCCUGGGUCAGGUGUCUCCAACCCUGCUCCUACACACACUGUAAAAAAAAUCCAUAGAAAUUAUAAUGUUAUUGCAGCUGGGUUGCCGGUAAUUUACCGUAGAUUUAAAUUUAU